AUGCGCCUCGGUUUCUUCUCCAUAAAUUCUCCGUCCUACGGCCUCGAGAUUACCCGCAAGCUUCGCAUCUGUGUGGGCGACAAGCUGAUGGCCCGUGCCAAAAUCACGGCGGUUCCCCGAUCUUCCUCGUCCAAAGUAUCAGGGCUCUCAAGGCACGGCCAUGGACGCGCGACGAAGAUGUGUCUAUUUGCGAGCUGGGGAGGUGUCUUGCUGAUCACAUAA